UAGUCACAGGAUCGCAGGCGAUGGAAAGGGUUAAUAGGAUAGCGAGCUGUACUCUUGUCUGCGACUUUGAGUGACGUGAUCAGAUCAUUUUCCUGCCGCUUGUCUGCUGUGCCGCCGCCUGGGAGGGUACCGAGCGGGAUCUCAUUCAGCCUUCCGCCCCGUUACCGGACAGAGGAUCUUACCACCGACACGAGCCCGAUUCAGACGGAGGUUGUUUCUGUAGUGAUAUCUCUACUUUUGACGUUUGCGUUAGUUUUUUUCUCUACCCAGGAUGUCUAGUGCUUUGUAAAUGAACACGUCGUCUUGCGAGUUCAACGGACAGAUUUACACAAACGGUAGCUGACAAAGAUUUUUGUUUUGGGCUUCAAUCAAGCAUGCCACGGAGAAAACAGCAAGCGCCGAAGCGCGCAGCAGCCUACUCCCCAGAAGACACCCCAGAGCAGACAGCUGAAGGAGGAGAAGUGCUGGACAAUGAGGACCCAGCCGCUGACCACAGACUGCAGAUGGACAGCUCCUGCCCACGGUCCGGCCCACUCACCCCAGGCCCUGAGAGUGACCAGGACGCCUGCCUGACUGACCUCUCCUCCCAUGACCUGGACAGCGAGUCCCACCUGAGCGAGCCUAGCGACCGCAUGUCUGACUUUGGUGACUCGGUGAAAAACGAGGAGGUGGCCAGCCGAGGCUCGCGGAAGCGCCGGCCGGGGACGGAAGGUUCCGGAAGCAUCAGUCCAAGCAGCCUGGAGCAGAUGAAGGCCAUAUACAGCAGUUUCCUCACCAACUCUUACUGGUCCUCACUGGGCCUCAGACAGCCCAGUUCUGAGAGCAUGCCAUGCCCCAAUAACAGCCCUGCCAACCCCAGUAGUGCCACAACCAGCAGCAGUGGCAGCACCAGUGCCUUUGACUGGCACCAGUCAGCCAUGGCCAAGACCCUCCAGCAGCAGGCCCUACCGAGCCCUCUCCCUCUGGUCAUCCAGGAUCCAGGCCUGGUCAGCACCAUCCAUCUCCAGCGCCAGAGCACCAAGCUGUACGGCUCCAUCUUCACCGGCGCCAGCAAGUUCCGCUGUAAAGGCUGCAGCUUGGCCUUUGAGACCUUGGUCGAGUUGACCGUGCACAUGAACGAGACGGGUCACUACCGCGACGACAACCACUCCAAGGAUGGCAGCGGCGCCAAGUCCUGGUCCAAGCCACGGAAGCGCUCCCUGCUGGAGAUGGAGGGGAAGGACGACGCUCAGAAGGUACUGAGGUGCAUGUACUGCGGUCACUCGUUCGAGUCGCUGCAGGACCUCAGCGUGCACAUGAUCAAGACCAAACACUACCAGAAGGUUCCGCUGAAGGAGCCCAUGCCAUCCGUGCCGGCAAAGAUGGUGGCCCAGUCCAGAAAGAGACUUCCAGUUGACCUGGACUUUCUCAUUCCCCAGUCCAAAGAAAGGCCUCCAAAAGUGUCCUGCGUCAGUAAGAAUCACCAAGAGAAGCUCCCUGAUGCUGGGGCUGUUGUCACAAACAAUCACCAUGGAAAUCAAAACAAUGGGAGUGGCGGCACGUGGCAGUUUGAGUCUCACAAAUCACAGAUUCUGAAGUGCAUGGAGUGUGGGACCUCCCAUGAUUCUUUGCAGGAACUAACUGCCCACAUGGUUGUCACGGGGCACUUCAUUAACGUCAAUAACAUUGCCAUGAAAAAAUCAGAGGUUGCCCCUUUAUCCGGACCAACCUCCCCCACAGAAGAGAAGAGCCAGACUGUGCCACUGCCUCCCUCCUCUCUCUCCUGUUCUCCAGCCUCUCUCUCAUCCCCCUGCAUGUCCCCCUCCUCUCUUAACACUGGCCUCAAACAGGAGGACUCAGACAGCAAGCACAGCCCACUACUCUCGUCUGAGGACCAGAAAGUCGAGAAGUCCUCCAAAUACAACUAUCUGACCGAGGAGGACCUGAAAGAGAGCCCCAAGGUGGGCGCGGACAUCCUGAAGUCUCUGGAGAACACGGUCUCGUCAGCCAUUCACAAAGCGCAGACGGGUUCGCCCAGCUGGGGCGGCUACCAGAGCAUUCAUGCUGCCUACCAGCUGCCCAGCAGUGCCAGUCCAUUCCAGGUCAUUCCUGGCAGGAGUUCUGGCCUUAGGUGUCCUGCAGUCAGCAGAGAAAGCCUCUCCCUGGGCAAGAGCCAAGGGCUGACCUCACCUGCCAGCAGCCACUCCCCUGCAUCUCCUGCAUGUCAAUCACUGACUUCAGAGGCCAAUAAAAGCACUUCCUCCUCUCUUGUCCCACCCUCUUGUCACCCGGUCAACCUGCAGGCCAUGCAGGAGCUCGUGAAGAGAGUGACAGAGAAGAUGGCGAAAGUGGAGAAACAGAUGAGGCCUGUGGAAGCUGAUGCAGUUCUGGUGAUAAAGGAAAGUCCUACUCCCGACAGUGGUCAGUCUUUGGAAUCUGCUGACCAGAGCCCACACAAAGAACUGCAGCCCAUAGCCGCACUGGAGCAAACUGGCUCAGAGCAGCCCUCUGACACAGAGAGUAAUGUAGCAGAGGAGAGGAGCGAGACAGAGCCAGAGAGCCAGAUGACCGAUCUAGUCAAAUCUCCCAGACCUGCUUUGGACGCUAGCACUGCCAUUAUUACCAACCAUUCAGUGCCAGAGCAACCUUUUGUCAAUCCCUUAAGUGCACUACAGUCAGUGAUGAAUCUGCAUCUUGGCAAAGUGGCCAAGCCUGCUAUGCGAGAGGCAGACCCUAUGAGCAUGCUCUUCAAGAUGAGUAACAGCAUGGCCGACAAGGUUGCUGUAGCAACACCCCUUCCUGCAAACAGCAAGAAGACCGAACUGUGUGUCGAAAGUUUCCAGGAGGUCGACAAAGACCAGCCAAUUGAUUUGUCCAAGGGCAAGAGCGACAGGCCUCGUUGUUUGACUGCAUCUUCUACAACAUCAGCCACGCUCAGAGCCACGACAUAUCCACCUGUGCUGCCAAGCCAGCCCCCUACAAACACCCCCAUAGAUAGACCUCUCCCCAUGAGCGAGGCUUUUCAGGAGAGUGCGCUGGCGGACAUCUCAGACAUGGUGCGCAACCUAACCCAAUCCCAUGUCGUCACGAAGGCCACGAAACACAGUGGACGCCUGGAGAGGACCAGCAGCGAGAGAACCGUGGCAACGCCAGGGGAUGCGGAGGAGGACGUGCCGUCUCACAGGCGCAAGGGCCGGCAGUCCAACUGGAAUGUCCAGCACCUCCUCAUCCUCCAGGCGCAGUUCACCGCCAGCCUGCGGCGCUCGGCCGAGGGCAAGUACGUUCCGCCGGACCUGAGCCUCAAGGAGCGUACGCACAUCUCCCACAUCACGGGCCUCUCCAUGACGACCAUCAGCCACUGGCUGGCCAACGUCAAGUACCAGCUGAGGCGCUCAGGCCGCACCAAGUUCCUGAAGAACCUGGACUCGGGCCAGCCGGCGUUCUUCUGCAGCCAGUGUUCCACACAGAUCCAGACGCCGUCGGCUUACGUAGAACACCUGGAAUCCCACCUGGGCUUCCGUCUCAAGGACCUGGCCAAGGUCUCGGGGGAGAAAGCAGCUCAGCAGCUCAGAAAGCAGGCGGUGUGGUCUAGCAAAGCCCCGGCUGAUAAACAAGCGGCUUCUCAUUUGCCCUCACUGUACGAGGAAGGGAAGUGUGUGCUUCUUGGGUGCAAGUUUUGCAAGCAGACUUUCACAAGCAAGCAUGCACUUAGACUCCACACAUGCCAAAUACAUGGGCGAACAGAGGACCUUCCACCGAAAGGUCUCAAAAUGGAGACGUAGAUUAGUUCCUGGAAUCA